GCCCCGGGCUGGGCUGGGCGAGGGAGCGGAGCCGCUCCCGGUCCCGCAGCUCCGGGAAGCAUCCCGGCUCUGGGGGGUGCAUUCCGCAUCCCGGGGCUGGGCUCUGCACCCGCGGGGACCCCCGGGCAGCGGCGGGGGGCUGUGCCCACUCCCCGCGGCCGGGAAGCAUCCCGGGCUUGGGGAGACCCGUGGAUCCCGGGGCUGAGCUCGGGGACCCCCGGGGGGCUCUGCCCGGUCGCCAUCGCCGGCCGGCCGGGCCCCGGGGGUCGCAGGGUUCCCCCCUCCCCCGUGGGAGCGGACACAGCUCGGCGGUUGCCGGGGCCGCCCGGGGGUCCCCGCGCUCCCCGCAGAUCCCUGAGGAUUUGUAGCUGCCCAGGCUGUCCCGCUCGCAGGGAGCGUUUGCCAUGGACACUGGUCACGUAAGCAGAUCCCGCUUCAGUGUGGCCUCCAGCCCGCCGCGGUGGGAGAUCGGGCUCUACGCCGCCGGCGCCUUGGCGCUGCUGGGAAUCGCAGCCAUCAACCUGUGGAAGCUCUGGCGCUCCGGGAGCUACCCGGCCCCUUCCCCCUUCCCGAAUUAUGACUAUCGGUACCUGGAGCAGAAGUACGGAGCGGCGUGCCCGGACAUCAGGAACAAGCGAGGGCUGGCCCUGGGCUCACAGCGGGCGCCAGGUCGGAGCUCUUCGUCCCGCAAGAGCAGCCUGAGGGCAGAGGACACCUUGGAGAGCAUCCAGGAGCUGGGCAGCCUGGAGCUGAUGGGCAGAGACCUGGGCCUGGCCCACUACGGCCCCCUGCGGAAAUCCAUCUCGGCCGACUCCCUCAACUCCAUCUCGUCCAUCGGGAACAACUUCGGGCAGGAUUUCACGGUGGGGCAGGUGGAGGUGUCCAUGGAGUACGACGGGAGGGCGGCCGCCCUGCAUGUGACGCUGCUGCAGGGCAAGGACCUGCUGGAGAAGGAGGAUGCGCGCUUCGAGUCCUGCUUCAUGCGGGUCAGCCUCCUCCCGGCCGAGCAGAUCGUCGGCAUCUCCCGGAUCCAGAGGAGCUCCUACUCGGUGGCAUUUGACGAGCGCUUCUCGGUGCCGCUGGAUCCGGCGGCGCUGGAGGAGAACAGCCUGCGCUUCUCUGUCUUUGGCAUCGACGAGGACGAGCGCAGCGUCAGCACCGGCGUGGCCGAGCUCAAACUCUCCGACCUGGACCUGGCCACGCGUCCCUUCAACGCCUGGCUCUACCUGCAGGACACCAACAAGGCUGUGGACACGGUGGGGGAGAUCCUGCUCUCCCUGAGCUACCUGCCCACGGCCGAGCGGCUCACAGUGGUGGUGGUCAAAGCCAAGAACCUCGUGUGGAGCAAUGGGAAGGUGACUGCAGAUCCCUUCGUCAAGGUGUACCUGCUGCAGGAUGGGAGGAAGAUCAGCAAGAAGAAGACAGCAGUGAAGAGGGGAGACACCAACCCUGUGUUCAACGAGGCCAUGAUCUUCUCCGUGCCGGCCAUCGUGCUCCAGGAGCUGUCCCUGCGCGUGACGGUGGCCGAGAGCGGCGAGGACGGGCGCGGUGACAACACGGGCCACGUGCUGAUCGGGCCGGCGGCCAGCGGGAUGGGCACCACGCACUGGAACCAGAUGCUGGCCACGCUCCGCAAGCCCGUCUCCAUGUGGCACCCGCUCCGCAGGAAUUAGGCCGGAUCCUGGGGACAACGGGGUCUUGGUGGCACCCACGAGGCUGAGCUGGCGGCGCUGAGGGGCCCAAAAUACCUGGAGCACAGACAGAGCGGCUCCAUGGGCACAUUCCGGCUCAUCCCUGCACACACUGGGCCAGACCUGCCCAGGAAAGGAGCCCAAAAUGGACCAAAAUCAGCAGGAGCCUCCCCAAACCGCAGCUCCCGAGAGUUCCGUGUGCUCCCAACAGCCUCGGAACCCGCGGAAUCCUCAAACGUGGACUCCGAGCGAGGGAGAGGGGGGGAUUCCUUUGGAAGGUGGUUUUUGUGUGGGAAUCGUGAGGGGGGUGAUUGAUCCUCAGGGGAUCUUUUGUAGUGACUUUGGUGUGCUGUGCCAAGGUUGGAAUGUUUCCAGUGAGAAUGGAAAAAGGGAGCAAUAACAGCAGAAAAUCGAUUGUUA